AUGAGAAAUCUCUACUUUUGCGUCCCAACAAACGGGACUGGUAGUCAUGCUGCUCCUCCGUCACCUCCUUUAACACCCUCUUCACCAGCUUCAAUAUCCCCUCCACCCUCUCCCUCUACCCUUCCACCAGCUCCAUCUCCGGCCCCGCCCCCAUACAAUUAUCCAAAGCCUCCUGUUUCUCCAGCUACGGCACCUUCCCCAGCCUCCCCGCCAGCAUCGCCACCUUCAUCACAAGGGAUUACACCUUCCUCGCCUCCAAUACCAAAUGGAGAACAGGAACCAAAAGCACUCCACUAUCACUACCACUAUCAUGGUCAGAAAGCCCCGGCAAUUCCAUCAGCAGUUUGUCCCAACAUGUGCUCGCAGUCUGAAGAAUGCCUUCCCACUUGUCCAUCACACUGCUGCAAGCGAGACCUCGAUGAGGAAAUAUCAGACGACAAUGAUGAGGAAGAUAUAACGUUGUUUUGAAAACCGCCAUUCUUUUCCCUCUUUGCGAUUAGCAUGUUUCUGUCGAUCCUUAUAUUGAGGCAAAAAAAAGGUAUUAACGUUUGUUUUGUUUGGCUUACCUUUCCCGGAUGAGAUGCCUAGAAACACCCCCGACCUAAAGAAAAUAUAUAAAAUGGCUUUCGAGGCAAUUUUAAGCGACCCCUGCAUCGAUUGCACGAGAAAAAAGCAUGUUAAGACAUGCAUUGUGUCCAAAAUAAUUGAUCAUGUAUCUACCUCCAUUUUGUUCGAUUUCUUGCCAUGAAAAUUGUCGAAGACUUUAAAACUUACAAAUAAACUGUUUAUAACACUA